AUGAAGUCCAUUCUUAAUGCUAAGAUGAAGAACCUUUCUAAACAAGGACUGGGGCUGGAGAGGAAGCAGGCUGUAAUCAUAACUGUUCAACAGGAGGGAAGUUAUGGUAUAUGGACUGGGGCUGGAGAGGAAACAGGCUGUAAUCAUAACUGUUCAACAGGAGGGGAAGUUAUUGUCUAUGGACUGGGGCUGGAGAGGAAACAGGCUAUUAAGCUCAUGCAGGACUCUGAUGGUCGUAAAUAUCUCCAAUACACAGGGGACAUUUCCAAGACCAACUCUGGUGGUUUGUCUCAUCGGAAAGUGACACCAAAGAUGACCCGUGGUUAUGAGAGUAGUAACAAGGGCAGGUGCAUUGUACAACUCUACAUCAAAUACAUACAGGCAAGACCAGUAACGGCUAAGACUGAUGCCUUUUAUCUGCGCCCGAAAGCUACUAUUACUGGAUCAUGCUGGUACGUAGAUGCUCCAGUUGGCGUUCACACUCUGCAGGAAACUGUUAAAAAACUAUGUGAAGAAGCUGGGUUUUCAGGACACUUUACUAAUCACUCGUUGCGGGCAACGGCAGCGACACGUUUAUAUUCUGCACGAGUUGAUGAACAACUCAUAGCGGAGAAAACAGGACAUAGGUCAAAUGCUGUGAGAUUAUACAAACGAACAAGUGAUGAACAACAACAGAAAAUGAGUGAAAUUCUACGUGGGGAACAGAAAGAAAACGGUGUUAAAAAGCAGAAAACUUCUGAGAAUGCUACAGGUGCAACAGAGACCGUUACGGGAGGAAAAGAAAUUACAUGUAAUAUCAAGGAUGGGGUAUUGAAUAUAAAUGUAAAGUUUUGA